AUGGGUUCUCUUCUUCAUGUAGUAGAAGACCACCUAGGAAUUCUUCAGAUUCUUAGUAAUGGUUCCAUUUUCAGACUUGAAGAAAAAGACAUAGUUUUCCCCAUGAAAGUCCAUGACGAUGGUUCUGUAAUCUGGAAAGACUGCCUAUAUGAUAAGAAACACGACCUCCACCUCCGCCUCUACAAACCCCGGUCGCCACCCAAUCCCACGACCAAGCUUCCCAUUCUCUUCUUCCUCCACGGCGGUGGCUUUAUUGUAGGCUCACGGACGUGGCCCAACUUUCAAAAUUGCUGCCUCCGCCUCGCUUCGGGGCUACAAGCACUCGUAGUGGCGCCUGACUACCGUCUGGCGCCGGAGAAUCGCCUUCCCGCCGCCGUGGAUGAUGCACUGAGUGCUGUCAAGUGGCUGCAAGAUGAAAUUCUGGCGGGGAAUAAUUCUGAUGCAUGGGUGAGAGAUGGGGUUGACUUGGAUAGGGUUUUUAUAGUGGGUGAUUCCUCCGGCGGAAACCUGGCACAUCAUCUGGCGGUAAAGCUAGGCCCUGGGUCACCGGAGUUGGCACCGGUUAGAGUGCGUGGUUAUGUGCUGUUGGCGCCAUUUUUCGGUGGGAUUGUGAGAACCAAGUCUGAGGCAGAAGGGUUGUCCGAACCAUUUCUGAAUUUGCAGGUUCUUGACGGAUUUUGGAGGUUGUCGUUACCAGAUGGGAGCACUCGAGAUCAUCCAUUUGCAAACCCUUUUGGGCCUUUAAGCCCAAGUCUUGAAUCCAUAAAACUUGACCCGAUAAUGGUAAUUGUAGGAGGAAGUGAGUUGAUGAAGGAUAGAAUUGAGGAUUAUGCCAAAAAAUUGAAAGAAAAGGGAAAGAAAAUUCAUUGUGCUGUGUUCCAAGGAAAGCAACAUGGUUUCUUUACAAAUGAACCAUUCUCAGAAGUGGGUGGCAAAGUAAUACAAGAAUUAAAGAAUUUCAUGUCUAGAAAUUCAGAUUAA